GGCCGGGGGGCGCCCGAGGGGCCCCGGGCCGCGGCACGCAGGGCCCCGGCGGCCGCCGGCGGCCCCGGGGCUGGGGGGAGUCCAGCCCGGAUAUUGAGUGCAGCCAUUGAGAAAAGCCAAACUCUUGUGUGUGCGCGUCUCGAAUAGCCCCCAAGAUGGCCGCCAAUGUGGGAUCGAUGUUUCAAUAUUGGAAGCGAUUUGAUCUACGGCGACUCCAGAAGGAGCUUAAUUCCGUCGCUUCCGAGCUGUCUGCGCGGCAGGAGGAGAGUGAACAUUCUCAUAAACAUUUAAUUGAACUCCGCCGGGAAUUUAAGAAAAAUGUACCUGAGGAAAUCAGAGAGAUGGUGGCUCCUGUAUUAAAAAGCUUCCAAGCCGAGGUGGUGGCCCUUAGUAAGAGAAGUCAGGAGGCGGAGGCCGCUUUUCUGAGUGUUUACAAGCAAUUAAUUGAAGCACCAGACCCCGUGCCUGUGUUUGAAGCGGUGCGCAGCCUAGACGACAGACUGCAGCCCCCCGGCUUCCACUCCAGUGGGCAGCCCCGGCGAGACCUCCACGCUUCGUGGAAGAGGAACCCCGAGCUCCUCGGCCCCAAAGAGCAGAGAGAGGGGACGUCGCCUGCCGGGCCCACGCUGACCGAGGGGAGCCGCCUCCCAGGCAUUCCUGGGAAAGCCCUCCUGACAGAAACCUUGCUGCAGAGAAAUGAGGCGGAGAAACAAAAGGGCCUUCAAGAAGUACAAAUCACUUUGGCGGCCAGACUGGGGGAGGCAGAGGAGAAAAUCAAAGUCCUACAUUCAGCGCUGAAGGCCACGCAGGCCGAGCUGCUAGAGCUGCGGCGGAAAUACGACGAGGAGGCGGCGUCCAAGGCAGAUGAAGUCGGCCUGAUCAUGACCAACCUGGAGAAAGCUAAUCAGCGAGCUGAGGCUGCCCAGCGGGAGGUGGAGAGUCUUCGGGAACAGCUGGCCUCUGUCAACAGCUCCAUCCGCCUGGCUUGCUGCUCCCCCCAGGGGCCCAGUGGGGAUAAGGUGAACUUCACGCUGUGCUCCAGCCCUCGGCUGGAGGCAGCGCUGGCCUCCAAGGACAGGGAGAUCCUGCGGCUGCUGAAGGAUGUGCAGCACCUCCAGAACUCUCUGCAGGAGCUGGAGGAGACCUCCGCCAACCAGAUCGCGGACCUGGAGCGGCAGCUCACGGCCAAGUGUGAGGCCAUAGAGAAGCUGGAAGAGAAGCUCCAGGCACAGUCUGACUAUGAAGAAAUUAAAACAGAGCUGAGCAUCCUGAAGGCCAUGAAGCUGGCUUCCAGCACCUGCAGCCUCCCCCAGUGCAUGGCCAAGCCCGACGACUCGCUGCUCGUGGCGAAGGAGGCCUUCUUCCCCGCACAGAAAUUCCUCCUGGAAAAGCCCGGUCUCUUGGCCAGCCCUGAGGAGGACCCUUCAGAGGACGAUUCCAUCAAGGACUCGCUGAGCACGGAGCAGUCCUACCCCUCCCCGCAGCAGCUCCCACCUCCCCCGGGGCCCGAGGACCCCCUGUCCCUCAGCCCUGGGCAGCCCCUGCUGGGCCCUGGCCUGGGGCCCGACGGCCCUCGGACUUUCUCGCUGUCCCCUUUCCCUGGCCUGGCCCCAGGGGAGAGACCGAUGAUGCCCCCGGCCACCUUCAAGGGAGAGGCGGGCGGCCUGCUGGCAUUCCCUCCUGCCUUCUAUGGCGCCAAGCCCCCCACGGCCCCCACCACCCCAGCCCCUGGCCCCGAGCCACCUGGGGGCCCCGAACCUGCAGACAGUGGUGGGGGCAGCACGGCCGGGGCCGGGACGGAGGAAGAGCAGCUGGACACGGCGGAGAUCGCCUUCCAGGUGAAGGAGCAGCUGCUCAAACACAACAUCGGGCAGCGGGUGUUUGGCCACUACGUGCUGGGGCUGUCGCAGGGCUCGGUCAGCGAGAUCCUGGCGCGGCCCAAGCCCUGGCGCAAGCUCACGGUGAAGGGCAAGGAGCCCUUCAUCAAGAUGAAGCAGUUCCUGUCAGAUGAGCAGAACGUGCUGGCUCUGAGGACCAUCCAGGUGCGGCAGCGAGGCAGUAUCACCCCGAGGAUCCGCACCCCGGAGACUGGAUCGGACGACGCCAUCAAGAGCAUCUUGGAGCAGGCCAAGAAGGAGAUCGAGUCACAGAAGGGGGGUGAGCCCAAGAACUUGUCGGCCCCACUGGGCAUCACCAACGGCACAGCCUGCGCCAGCACCUCGGAAGAUGCCAUCAAGAACAUUCUGGAGCAAGCGCGCCGCGAGAUGCAAGCGCAGCAGCAGGCCCUGCUGGAGAUGGAGGCGGGUCCCCGCGGCCGCUCGGUGCCUCCCUCGCCCCCGGAGCGGCCCUCACUGGCGGCCGGGAGCCAGAACGGGGCCCCGGCCCACGUCAAGCAGGAGGACGGCGCGGGCAGCGGCGCUACGCAGACGCCCCUCACCGUCCUGUCCCCGGCCGCCUUCGUGCAGAGCAUCAUCCGCAAAGUCAAGUCCGAGAUCGGCGACGCCGGCUACUUCGACCACCACUGGGCCUCGGACCGCGGCCUGCUCAGCCGCCCCUACGCCUCCGUGUCGCCCUCGCUGUCCUCCUCCUCCUCCGGCUACUCCGGCCAGCCCAACGGGCGCGCCUGGCCCCGCGGGGACGACGCCCCGGCGGCCCCCGAGGACGAGGCGGCGGGGGCCGAGGAGGAGCCCCCCAGGGCGGGCGAGCCCAAGGCCGAGGGCGGCGUCCCCGAGGCGGGCGCGCGGCUGGCCUACUACCCGGCCUACGUGCCGCGCACCCUGAAGCCCACCGUGCCGCCCCUGACGCCCGAGCAGUACGAGCUGUACAUGUACCGCGAGGUGGACACGCUGGAGCUGACCCGCCAGGUCAAGGAGAAGCUGGCCAAGAACGGCAUCUGCCAGCGCAUCUUCGGGGAGAAGGUGCUGGGCCUGUCGCAGGGCAGCGUGAGCGACAUGCUGUCCCGGCCGAAGCCGUGGAGCAAGCUGACGCAGAAGGGGCGCGAGCCCUUCAUCCGCAUGCAGCUGUGGCUGUCGGACCAGCUGGGCCAGGCCGUGGGGCAGCAGCCCAGCGCCGCCCAGGCCAGCCCCACGGAAGCGAGACCCUCACCGUCUCCACCCCCCAGCCCCACGGAGCCCGAGAAGAGCUCCCAGGAGCCCUUGAGCCUGUCGCUGGAAAGCAGCAAGGAGAACCAGCAGCCGGAGGGCCGUUCGCUGGGCGGGAAGGUGUACUCGGGCGGCCAGGCGACAGGGGGCAUCCAGGAGAUCGUGGCCAUGUCGCCCGAGCUGGACACGUACUCCAUCACCAAGAGGGUCAAGGAGGUCCUCACAGACAACAACCUAGGUCAGCGGCUGUUUGGGGAGAGCAUCCUGGGCCUGACUCAGGGCUCCGUGUCUGACCUGCUGUCGCGGCCCAAACCCUGGCACAAGCUGAGCCUGAAGGGGCGGGAGCCCUUCGUCCGCAUGCAGCUGUGGCUCAAUGACCCCCAUAACGUGGAGAAGCUGAGGGACAUGAAGAAGCUGGAGAAGAAAGCCUACCUGAAACGCCGCUACGGCCUCAUCAGCACCGGCUCGGACAGCGAGUCCCCGGCCACCCGCUCCGAGUGCCCCAGCCCCUGCCUGCAGCCGCAGGACCUGAGCCUGCUGCAGAUCAAGAAGCCGCGGGUGGUGCUGGCGCCCGAGGAGAAGGAGGCGCUGCGGAAGGCCUACCAGCUGGAGCCCUACCCCUCGCAGCAGACCAUCGAGCUGCUGUCCUUCCAGCUCAACCUCAAGACCAACACCGUCAUCAACUGGUUCCACAACUACAGGUCCCGGAUGCGCCGGGAGAUGUUGGUGGAGGGGACCCAGGACGAGCCAGACCUCGACCCAAGUGGGGGUCCUGGCAUCCUGCCCCCAGGACUCUCCCACCCGGACCCCACCCCGCAGAGCCCCGACUCUGAGGCUGAGGACCAGAAGCCUACCGUGAAGGAGCUGGAGCUCCAGGAGCGCUCUGAGGAGAGCAGCACAGCCCUGACGGCGCAGGACCAGGACCAAGUGAGGAUCAAGCAGGAGCAGACGGAGGAGGACGCCGAGGAGGAGGUGGGCGGCCAGCCCCAGGACUUAGGGGAGCCGGACAAAGGCCAAGGUCCCCCCAAAGAGGAGCAUCCUGACCCUAAGAGUGAUGACGGACUCCCAGAAGUGGCCCCCGGGCCCCUCCUUCCAGGCGGAACCACCCCAGACUGCCCGUCGCUGUAUCACCCCCAGGAGAGUGAGGCCCGGGAGCGGCUUCACCCGGACCCUCUAAGUUUUAAGUCAGCCUCGGAGUCCUCACGCUGCAGCCUGGAGGUGUCACUGAACUCACCCUCGGCUGCCUCCUCGCCAGGCCUCAUGAUGUCUGUGUCACCCGUGCCCUCCUCCUCAGCCCCCAUCUCCCCGUCCCCACCUGGCGCCCCCCCUGCCAAAGUGCCGAGUGCCAGCCCCACUGCUGACACAGCCGGGGCCCUGCACCCCAGCGCUAAGGUGAACCCCAACUUGCAGCGGCGGCACGAGAAGAUGGCCAACCUGAACAGCAUCAUCUACCGACUAGAGAGGGCUGCCAAUCGGGAGGAGGCACUGGAGUGGGAGUUCUGAAGGCGGGGGCAAGGGGCGAGGGACAUACCCUGGUGACUGCCUUCUGUCGCUCACUCUCCAGACAGGGCGGGGUAAGGGAGGGAGGAGCUCAACCAUCAAAAUGUGGACAGCAGUGUUAGGCCGUUUACGUUUUUUGUUGUACUCCUACGAAGCUGUGAGUGAGCAGGUGGGUCCGAUGCCGUCGCCUCCUCUUUUCAGCACCCCCUGCCCCAGGGAGCACCAGGAAUCUGCCGCUUCUCCACCCUCACCCUUCCGCAGGAGGCAGAAGCAAAAUACCGCCACAUUUCACCUGAACACUCCGAACUCUUUUAGAAAAAUAAAUAAAUAUUUAUAGACCUCUUUUAGAUAUUUUAAUAAAGGAUCCUUUGGAAUUUAUUUCCAGCUGAUGCUCUUUUGAUAUUACAGAGAGUUAUAAAAUCAGGAUGCUGUCACAACUGUUGCGAAGUAUACACUGAAGUUGUGUCGUUUUUGCCACUAGAUGAGAUUAAAAGAAGACAAUUGUUCAAAGCCAUCACAAAACACUAUAAGACUGACCAAAAUUUAGAUAACCUUUGAACCGCGGUUUUCCCCACUUCUGUCUGUGAGACACAGCGCGUGGCUGCUGCCCUUCCAGAGACCGUGCUGGAAAGAGAAAGUCCGAAAGACUCUAAACGAAAACCUCGAUGCCGUUGAGGAUGUGUUUCAUUCUGCUGGUCUGUUUCGCAACCCUGAUGACACAGAACGUCCCUCGCCGUUGUAAAUGUUGUAGAGAUGUGGGCUGCGGCCCGACCGUCCAGAUGUAGCAUGGUACAUGAUGACAAACUGCUUCCACCCCCUCUAGUCAGAAACCCGUGGGCCGUGGAGGUCGGACAUCCAUCUUGUCCGGCCGUAGACGAGUUUCCAGAUCCUUUGGAAAAGCUGAGCACUGGGGGCAGGUGCUUGGAGAGUGGCGCUCGAGCCAGAGCCACUCCUUUCCCCAGCCUGAAUCACGGCCACGCCCCAGGGAGUUUCCCUACAGGUAUGAGCGUGGGUUUUUCCGGAGCAAGGUGGCCACCAUCUUCCCCUCCUUACGUUCUCCAGACGUGACGGUGUUGCUCACGCCACAGACACUGAAGCUUAGCAACCAGCGCCAAAAAGUACGUUCAUCAGACCAGAGACCCCGGCUCGCCCUCUCACCCCUCUCAAGCUGAGCCCGGCGCUGUUUCUGGAAGGCAUCUGCGACUCGCAGCCCGCGCAGAGCCCCCAAAGGCCGAGAUCGUCGCGGCACGUCCGCUGCAGCUCAGUCUCCAAGUCCGCCCUCCCGCGCGUGACCUGCCGGGGCUCAGGGCUCACCCCCAACUCAGAGGAGCCCUUCCUCCAGUGCCGAUCGAGCUUUCCAGAACAGCCGCCAUCUUGGCUGUGGACUCUUGCUCCCUCGUUUUUAUCGUUUUCCCAAAACUCUCCGUGGGGAGGCUGACGGGGCGAUUGCCCAGGAUGAAGAUGAGAAGGUCACCAGGGUCGGGGCCAGUCCCUGCCGGGAGGAGAGAUGGCCAACGAGCAUUUCGAAACCGCAUGGGCAAAACCCAGCAACCAGAGGGGGACAGAUAAGGACCGUUCCAGAAAUGCCGACUGUCGAGCUCCCGGCCCGGGCUGCAGUCUCCUCGCGAACACUCACCACCACCACGACCCCCGAAGGAAAACCUCCUUCUCCACACCCAGGCUAUGCAUUGAAGAGUUUUCCACUGUACACAUUUUUAUCCAGAUGAAGGUAUUUUUAUAUUCUAACACGGAAACAGUGACCAAUUUUCAGAGUAAUCAAAUCUGGAGCAAACGAAACAUCUCCUUCUAGCCACCGCCAUGCUGCAGUUGCGACGACCGUGGGAGAACACAUCCCUUUUACUGCUGGAACCAACACGGCGUCGAACCCAGGCCCGCGCACACGCCGUCCCUAGAGAACUACGCUGGGCUUUGGUGUGAUGGGAUUUGACGCAGCACUUAGUAUCGUCUCCUGAACACAGAAAUCCUGUUGUACUUCAAGCCGGCGGGCCCGUGAACAACUUUGUCAGGUUCACGUCCUAUAACGGUUUAAAAAAAAAAAGAAAAAAAAAACCCACACAAAACCGUUUCUAUGAGAGAUCGAUGAACUUUGUUUAAAAUUUUAAAAAAAAGGAACACGUUCUGUAAACGAGUCGCUAAAUACAGAAUUGUAUAAUAA